UGAAAAUCCCCCCAGCUCUCUAAAAUGUCUAACAAGACAUUUAACUUGUCCACUGAAAAUUUUGAGAAUUCAAUUCCUUCGCUCUGCAGGAAUUUUGUGCUUUCCCCCGAGAGUUAUGCGUCAGUAUCACCUGACUCCUACAGAAGAAAUGCAAACCUGAUGGACAGAGGAGCCAGCAGCUCACACGAUGACAAGAAGCGGUGCCUUGAUCAAUGUUCCUCUACGUUUAACACCAACAAUACCUCUUUAGCUAAGAGUGAUCUGUUUCAUGCUGUAACCUCAAACAUGAACCAAGCUUUCAUUUCCACACCUAUAAAUGGCAGCAAUGAUCUCUGGAAUGAAGGCAAGACUAGCAUCAGUGAUGAAAAGACUAAAUCAAAUAUGUAUCAGACAUAUAAUAGCCAAACGGUUUCUAAAUAUAAAAGUGAAACGACGUCUCCAGAGUUAGCUGAGAAGGAUGGCCAAUUGAGUGCAUCUGGGGCUUCCAGUAGAGAAUCCAUUGAGAGCGACAGCUCUUCCCUGAGCUCUGAGGAAAUGGUAAUGAGGAGUAACAGUUUCUGUCUGGAAGAAAAGUCGGUCAUAGUUAUGUCUUCGCUAGAGGAAUCAUCCAUCGCUUCAUCUCCAAGUCACCUAUCAUUGCCUGCUGAAUCCAACUUUCUGACGACAACCAUCAUUAAAGAAGUUUGUGAUGUAUCCACAGAAAGCGUGACUGGGGAGAAAGUGGGCCAUCCUUUGCUUGGUAUCACUUUCACUCAGGCUGACAAAAUGGAACAUCUCACUGAAGAAAAUGAUCCAGCAACACCCAGCACUUCUGUGGCUCUACCAAAUGAAAAUGAAGGUCUUUUCACAACUUUUAUCUGUGAAACCCCUUCAGAUCUGAUAAAGUCUGCUAGUGUUGAUGCAGAACAGUUGCCACAUUUUUUUGCAGCAUAUACACCAGAACAAUUCAUGACCUGUGUGUCCACUAAGCCAGCUAUGCAAGACAACGAUGACAUUCAUACUUCCACUCCAGUACAAAACAUUGGGAACAAGAUGCCAAGCCCCCCCUCCUUAUCCCCCUGUACUGAAAAUGCAUGCAGUCCAGGAAUCCAGCAGUUAGAAAGGAAGAACAUUUUCGACACUCCUAAACAGCUUCCAGUCCCAGGACUCUCACCUUUAAUCACCAAAAGCAGGAAAAUGGAACUUCAUAAGUUCCCCAAAACAGACUUUAGUAAUGUAAAAUGUAAAGUUGCAACUAAAGCUCCACGCCAGGUGGCAGUGCCAGCCCCUGCUUUAGUGCACAAACAAGUGCGAGAUGGUGCAUCCAAACUUUAUGAAUCAAGUAGAAAAACUGCCAAGAUGACUCCUUCCAAAGUAAUGAGUAGCUCUGCACAUGUGUCUGUAACUUCUAAAAUGUUAAAUGACAGACAAACUAAUACAAGUACUGUGCAGGAAGCCCAGCUCUGA